AUGACUCCGGAGGAGUUUGAGAAGCAUUCUCAAAGAGAGGGGAUCAAGAAAUGGAAGAGCAAUAUUUGGGUCUCACUUGAAGGACUUAAGGUUCCACUCUGGAGAACUUGCUUGCUUAAAUACUAUAAACAUUCUCAAAAUGAGGCCAACUGGACUUCUGGUGCUCUUCGUCGCCGCAACUUCCAUCGUGAUGAGUUCAUCCGCUGCUCUCACUGCAAUAAGGAACGACGCUUUCGUCUUCGAACUAGAGAUCAAUGUCGGAUCUACCAUAAUGCAAUCACUAAUCAAAGAUGGAAGUGUGUUGAUCGUCCCUACGACAUGUAA